AUGGCAAACGAAAAACCUUUGAAUGUUCAAAAACCACAGAAAGCAACUUUGAAAGAAAAGUAUCAAUCGUUUAUGGAGAAUAUUACUAUUGAACCAGUGCUAGUGUGUUCUACAAUACCUAUAACACUGUCAAGACUAGCAACACAAAAUCUGAACUUGGACAAAGCUUGUAGAUUGAACUUGAAGUAUGGAGAUGCAGUAUGUGAUGACCUCAUUGCAAAAAAAGUUGAUGGCUAUAAAACCGAAGAAACUGCAGUACAGGAAGUCAUAGCCGCAAGGGAAAUUUGGCAGAACGUUUUAUAUAGCGCAUUGCCGUGCUUGUUAAUCCUGUUCAUAGGAGCUUGGAGCGACAGAACGGGAAGAAGGAAAAUAUGCAUUCUAGUACCAAUUGUGGGAAAGUUGCUUAUGUGUAUCAGCAAUAUGAUCAACACCUACUUCUUUUAUGAGCUGUCGCUUGAGCUGUGUAUGUUUAUGGAAGCAUUCUGUCCUUCUAUAACUGGAGGAUGGGUUACAAUGUACAUGGGGGCUUUUGCUUACAUAAGUGACGUAUCCAGCGAAGAGUCCAGAACAUUCAGAAUGGGUGUAGCCAGCCUCUGUUUGACAGCGGGUCGUCCAAUUGGAAUGGCUUUAAGUGGAAUACUGUUGGAAAGAAUUGGAUAUUAUGGAGUAUUUUCCUUAAGCUCCCUUUUAUAUAUAUUCAGCCUACUCUACGGGAUAUAUUAUAUGGAAGAUCCUAAGCUACCAACACCCAAAGAAAUUACUGAGAACAAAGGAUUUGUUAAGACAUUUUUCGAUCUGAGGCACGUGAAGGAUACUGCAACAGUUGUUUUAAAAAAGGGACCAAACAGGCGAAAAAUUAAAUCUAUUAUGAUAUUAGUUUGUUUAGCAAUCGUAGAUGGACCAAACAUGGGAGAUUUCGCAGUCCGGUAUUUGUACAGUCGAUAUAGAUUCAACUGGGACGCUGUUACGUACAGUUUUUAUGUAACUUUUUACAUCGUUAUGCAUUCCUUCGGGUCUUUGGUAUCCAUAAGCAUCUUCAAUCGUAAAUUCCUCUGGGAUGACUCCGUGCUGGGUCUCAUUUCCAGUGUCAGCAGGAUAGCCGGUGCACUGUUUACUGGUUUGGCUCAGAACAGUUUCCAAAUGUAUCUAGCUGUAGCGCUGGGGACUUUCAACUCGACAUCUUACACCGCACUACGAUCCAUGUCCUCUAAAUUAGUCAGCAGUGAUGAAAUCGGUAAACUACAAUCUGUCUUUAACUUGACUGAAGAAGUAGCUUCAUUGGUCUUCAUUUCCUUGUAUUCUUGGAUGUACAUGAUAACGCUAAAUUAUAAUGCUGGUUUUGUUUACUACGUCACCGCUGGUAUAACAGUAAUCGUCGUAUUCAUUUUUGGAUGGUUCUACAAAGUGAAAAACGAAAGUGUGAAGAGACAAAAAUCAGUAGACAGUAAAAAUUCUGAUGACACGAAAGACGAAGAUGGACGACGGAAUUCAGAUGUGAAGAAAAAAGAAAACCCUAUAACUUGCAGUAUUGAGUUAGUUGGUGAACAGGUUAUCACACAGUAA